CGGCGGGAUUAGCUCAUCUCGGCGGCGGAGGCAGAACAUCAGCAGCGUUAGCGAGCGGCGGCGGCUCGUCCGCGGCGGCUUCGACUCUCGCUCUGCUGGGUUCGGCGCAGGCGGAAGGGCGCGUAGAGCUCGCUCGUCCUUCUCGUCCCCCCGUCCGUCUGGCGUUUGCCCCCGGCCGGCUCUAUGGCUCUGUGCAAUGGAGAAGCCAAGUUGGAGAAUGCUGGAGAAGAUCUCAAGGAUGGGGUGUGUCGCUAUGAAGGAGCUGUUGUAAUACUCGAUGCUGGAGCUCAGUAUGGAAAAGUCAUAGAUCGCCGGGUCAGAGAACUGUUUGUCCAGUCAGAAAUCUUUCCUUUGGAAACACCUGCCUUUGCAAUUAAAGAACAAGGAUUCCGAGCUAUCAUUAUCUCUGGAGGACCAAAUUCUGUUUAUGCAGAAGAUGCUCCCUGGUUUGACCCUGCAAUUUUUACAAUAGGCAAACCAGUCCUUGGAAUCUGCUAUGGCAUGCAGAUGAUGAAUAAGGUAUUUGGUGGUACAGUACACAAAAAAGAUGUCAGAGAAGAUGGUGUCUUCAGCAUUACGUUAGAUAACACUUGUUCAUUAUUCAGGGGACUUCAGAAGGAAGAAGUUGUGCUCCUUACCCAUGGAGAUAGCGUAGAUAAAGUAGCAGAUGGAUUCAAAGUUGUUGCUCAGUCUGGAAAUGUUGUAGCAGCCAUAGCAAAUGAAUCUAAAAAACUGUAUGGAGCGCAGUUCCAUCCUGAAGUUAGUCUUACGGUGAAUGGCAAAGUGAUGCUGAAAAACUUCCUUUUUGACAUUGCUGGGUGCAGCGGUACCUUCACAGUUCAGAACAGAGAAAUGGAAUGCAUUCGGGAUAUUAAGGAGAAAGUAGGAUCAUCAAAAGUCCUGGUUUUACUCAGUGGAGGCGUGGAUUCUACAGUGUGCACAGCUUUAUUGAACCGUGCUUUAAAUCAAGACCAAGUGUUAGCAGUGCACAUAGAUAAUGGAUUCAUGCGCAAGAGAGAAAGUCAAUCAGUGGAAGAGGCACUCAAAAAAUUGGGAAUUCAAGUCAAAGUGGUAAAUGCAGCUCAUUGGUUCUACAAUGGUACAACAACUUUACCCAUCUCUGAAGAAGACAGAACACCCCGAAAAAGGAUCAGUAAAACACUAAACAUGACUACAAGUCCUGAGGAAAAACGCAAGAUUAUUGGUGACACUUUUGUGAAGAUUGCUAAUGAAGUUAUUGGAGAACUGAACCUGAAACCAGAAGAAGUCUUCCUUGCCCAAGGAACGUUGAGGCCUGAUCUUAUUGAAAGUGCUUCUGUUGUUGCUAGUGGCAAAGCAGAAGUCAUCAAAACCCAUCACAAUGACACAGAGCUCAUCAGGAAGUUGCGGGAAGAGGGAAAAGUAAUAGAACCACUGAAAGAUUUCCAUAAGGAUGAAGUAAGAGUGCUUGGGAGAGAGCUAGGUUUGCCUGAAGAACUGGUUUCAAGACAUCCAUUCCCAGGUCCUGGUCUUGCAAUUAGGGUAAUAUGUGCUGAAGAACCAUAUGUUUGCAAAGAUUUCCCUGAAACUAAUAACAUUUUGAAAAUCAUAGCAGACUUUUCUGCAAGCGUUAAAAAGCCCCACACUCUGCUGCAGAGGGUCAAAGCAUGUACAACUGAAGAAGACCAGGAGAAAUUGAUGGAGAUCACAAGUCUACAUUCAUUAAAUGCCUUUUUGCUGCCAAUCAAAACAGUGGGAGUCCAGGGCGAUUGUCGUUCUUAUAGCUAUGUAUGUGGAAUCUCCAGUAAAGUUGCUCCACCUUGGGAGUCCCUUAUGUUCCUAGCAAGACUUAUACCACGGAUGUGUCACAACAUAAACCGGGUUGUCUAUGUAUUUGGCCCACCAGUCAAAGAACCUCCCACUGAUGUCACUCCCACUUUCCUGACGACGGGAGUUCUCAGCACGUUGCGGCAGGCUGAUUUCGAGGCUCAUAAUAUUCUCAGGGAAUCUGGUUAUUCUGGAAAAAUCAGCCAGAUGCCAGUCAUCUUAACACCACUGCAUUUUGAUCGAGAUCCCCUGCAGAAACAGCCGUCCUGUCAAAGAUCAGUGGUUAUUCGAACUUUCAUUACAAGUGAUUUCAUGACUGGCAUUGCAGCAACUCCUGGCAAUGAGAUACCAGAAGAGGUUGUGCUGAAGAUGGUGACUGAGAUUAAGAAGAUUCCUGGCAUCUCCCGGGUGAUGUAUGACUUGACUUCAAAACCCCCAGGAACAACUGAAUGGGAGUAAUUAUUUCCCUCCCCCAAGAAAGUACUGUAUGCAGUUUUAAAUUAUAUCAGAAACCAUUCCCAGUGUUGACAUGCAGUACUGUGAAAAGAGUGACUGGAGCGGCUGCUACAUCCUAUGUGAUUUCUGUUUUCUCUCCUGGAACAUAAUCUGCAAAUUAAGAGUGCUGAUGAGGGUGGGGGGAAGUCAGCUAAGUGGGGCUGAGGACAUGUACGGGUAAAUAAUUUACGGCAGCAUCGCCUAUGUGCAGACAGAAUCAUAUUGCUUUGCCUUUUUUGUCUUACAGACUCUUCCUGUUUUUUGUGUUUUUACUGUUAAAUGUCAAUUCAAUGUCUCUCUUUUUUUUUUGUACACUGUGUAAAAAGAGACAGUUUAUUUACAUUCACCAACCCCAUUGUUAGAGCUAUUAAUAAUGUAAAAUGAAAAAAGUGACCAACUGCUUUUGAAACAGAUUUAUUAUAAAUAAAUAUUUUGCCAAAUGGAGUAGUGAGCAUUGUUGAAUUGUAGAUUAAUGUAUAUUUAUUUUCUGUAUAUUGUAGUACCUGUUCCAUAUCAUUUGGAGUAUUAAGCUGAUGGCAAUAAGUGUUGAUGUAUUCAAGAACUGUAUCAAAAUAAGGACUAUAUUCUACCCCCCAACCCCAUCCCCCACUUUUUAAUAUUUUCAAAACAAAUAACUUUUUAAGGAUGUUAAAUCAUAUGUCUUCCCACACUAUGUAGCUACUAUCUAUAUUCAAUGUACAUUAAAUCAGUUACAAGAGAAACAAACAUGAAUUAUAAAUAUGGUUGAAAACUCACCACUUGGAAAAAAGAAUCACAGUAACAAUUCUCACAGCAGCCAUCAAAAUUGCUGUGCUGUGCAUAGCUCUUUUUGAGCUUUAAUUUUAGUCAGAUCUUUUGGCUUUCUAUUUUAUGUGAGGCUUCUUAAUAAAGGCAGAGAAAUGCUGCAUUUAAAAAAAACUUUUUCCAAGCUGAAUUUAAAUAUUACAUUGAUUUCUAUGUGAUUGGUAUUAGAGCCAGCUUGGUAAACCUGAGAAUGAAUGACUUGUUUUUAUUAACACCAUUCGAUGAAUAGACUACCACUAAGUUAAAAAGGUGAAUAUAAUUACCUUAUUCCUCCAGUGUCUUGAGCCUGAAUCAAACUUACUUUAAUACAUUGUUUGUGAAACUAGAAUGGAGGAAAUACCAAGUUAUUAUCAGUUGACUCUUCUACACGUGCCAUAGCUUUUGUUACUCAUUCUGAAUACCUCCCAGUGCACUGUAAUGCAAACCAUGAGAUUUUGCUUUGUACUCAAAAUAUUAAAUGGUCCAGUACAGUCAUAUUAAGUAGGAUACCAACAAGUAUCUGCCGUAUAAUGUCUGUUUGGAAAUGCAUUGCAUAACUGGAACCUUGUGAGAGAGAGGAUGAAAUAUCUGCUUUUACUUAAUUCCAAAUUUGAUGGCAAAACAUGUCAUUCACCAUUUCAUUCAAGAUGCAGAUCUAUCCUUGUAUCAGUAACAAAGUUGUAGCUGAAUGAGAGACCUAAAUCAAUAUUUGUGGUUGGCUAGUCCCUGCUGGGAGCCUGGCACACUGUCUGCCUAAAGCUAUGCAGGAGGAAAAAAUAGGAUUGAAAGAAUGAUGCUGACCACACAGCUGCAAUGACCUAUGAGUAUAUUCCAUUGGUUUGGAGGACCCAGAUAAACUGGAGGGUUCCCUUGCUGUACCUGCUAUCUUGCUGUGUUAUGUAAUUAUUUGCAAUCUCUUCAAGGUUGUUCCCAUGGAGAUCUUGCGGCAAUGGUACAAAGGAUAGGAGUGGUGUCCAUUUGAACCAACCCAUGAUGACCAAUCUUCUUAUCUACCUACAGUCCACGGUCUGGAUCCAAACUAUCCUCUAGGAAAAGUUUAAGCAAAUAUCAUGACUAUAUCAUCUUUUGAGAAGUAGCAAGUUUGAUCCCUGGCUGGGAUGGGAAAUAGGAAUUAAGAAAUGAUUAAGGAAAUGCUCCUAGUCAUUCAAGUUCAUAGCAUGAGAUGCUUCUGGAUUUUUAAUUGUCUUUGUAGUGGAGGCUAUGACAGUAGCAAAAUUGUGGCUGUUUUGAAUGUUUAUUUUAAGCUGGUUUAAAAUACAGUCUUAUCAUAAUUAAGGUAUAGCCUGGGAAAAAGAGAGAGAGUUACAAUCAGAAGAGUCAGGUUUAACUUAAAUAAUGAAGUUUGCAGUUGGAGUUAAAAUAUUUUCAUUUUCAUAUUCAUUUAUUGUAGAUGCACAUAUUGUCAAAUUCUAUGGCUUUUACAUUAGUAAAAUUUGUUAGGUUUUGUUUUCUCAAGGUAAUAACGGUGUACUUAUUUUUAAACUGGAUCCAUGGAUAAAAUGGAGUUUGGAAACCUUUUAAGUAAUAUUAUGCUAGAGACAGAAAUAAACACAUAUAAGGUACAUUGCAUUAUAAGUAAAUUGUUUAAAUGAAGACAUCAGUGUUGUACAGAAAGGGGACUCUUUGUGCAUGACUAGUGUAGUACAGAAGAGGAUUGGUUUCUCUUAAACCAAUCCUCUGAUUGAGUUUAUGAGGGCAACGGAGUACAUUUAAAUGGCCAGGCUUCCAGUUCUUGAAUGUAUUUCAUAGUAUUGAUUCCCAUAAUCUCAACCAGGUGUAGAAAACAGGCUUGUUGUGGUCCAGGAGGGAAUGUGUAACAUGUAGCUAAUGAAUGCAGAUGCCCUUGUUAGAUUUGUUUGCCCUCUAGUCUUCAGUAAGACAUGUCAACUGUUUUCAAAGACAAUUGUAUAGGGAAUAAUUCCUAGAACUCUCAGUCAAAAAAAAAAAUCUGUAAAUGAUAAAAGUACUGUCAGCCUUAAUUUUUAUCCUCAAAUAAAAGUGAACCCAUUUGGAUA